CCCGAGCAUCGCUCCAUUAGUGCUCACUCCCCUCCACUAGCCUGGAGCUAAGAAAGAGGCAAACUCGCCGCCGCCGAGGACAGUAGCAAGCUAGCUAGAAUGGAAUUGAUGCGGCGGUUGGCCGUGGUGGCUGUGGUGCUGGCCGUGUCGGUGGUGGCGUCGGAGGCGUUCAACAUCACCAAGGUCCUGGCGGAGCACCCGGAGUACUCUCAGUUCAACAAGCUGCUGACGCAGACGCGGCUGGCCGGCGACAUCAACCGGCGCCGGACCAUCACCGUGCUGGCCGUGGCCAACGGCGACAUGGGCGACCUCACCAGCGGCCACUACUCGCUGGGGACGCUCCGCCACAUCCUCGAGAUGCACAUCAUUGUCGACUACUUCGACGCUAAGAAGCUCAAGCAGCUCUCACACGGCGCCACGGCCGCAUCCACCAUGUUCCAGCAAUCCGGGGCUGCCACCGACAUGAACGGGUACGUCAACAUAACGCAACACCGCGGCGGCAAAGUGACGUUUAUCGCCGACGGCGCAACCGAUAGCGCGACGCCGUCCACCUUCGUCGGGGACAUCUACGCAAAACGCUUCGACUAUGCGGUGCUCCACGUCAGCAAGGUGCUGUCCUCCCCGGAGGCCGAGGCGCCCGUGGCCCCGCCGGCGCCCGUCAACCUCACCGACCUCCUCUCCAAGAAGUACUGCAAGAGCUUCGCCGGCCUCCUCGCCGCCGAUGCCAACGCCUUCAGCAACAUCAACGCCACCAAGGACACCGCACUCACGAUCUUCUGCCCCGUCGACACCGCCGUGGCCUCCUUCAUGCCCAAGUUCAAGAACCUCACGGCCAAGGCCAAGACGGCCAUCCUCCUCUACCACACCGUGCCAGACUACUACUCCCUCCAGCUGCUCAAGUCCAACAACGGCAAGGUAAUCACGCUCGCCACCACCAGUGCCGCCAAGAAGGAUUACACCUACGACGUGCAGAGCGAAGCCGACACCGUCACGCUGGACACCAAGGUCACCACCUCCUCCAUCCAGGCCACCGUUAGGGACGACGACCCGCUCGCCGUCUACGCCGUCUCCAAGUUCCUGCAGCCCAAGGAGCUGUUCAAGGUUACCAAGGAACUUGCGCCGGCGCCCGCGCCCGAGGGGCCCAAGAAGAAGACCAAAAAGAAGCCCACGUCCGCGGCCGCCUCGCCCUCGGACGACGACUCCGCGGCAGACUCGCCCGACGACGCCCCAGCUGAUGAUGCCGCGGACAAGAACGGUGCCGCGCCACCCCUACUCGCCCGAUGGGUGACCGCCGCGGCGACAGUGGCGGCCGCAUUGGCGUUGGCGGCCUAAGGUGUGCGCUGUAUGUUUUGUGCUUUAAUUUAUUGGAACCCUGUCUUCUUUUCUUUGGUCCAAUUCGUGUCCCUUGUUGGUGCAGAAAAUAAGAAGGGCUCUGUUUACUUUAUUUUUAUAUUGAUUACCGCAUUCGAUGGGGAAAAAACGAAAGAAGAAAACUUAGAGGUGUGUGUGAUGUAGCUCUUUGAAUUUUGUUUAUUGGGUUGUGCCGUUGUGGUGAUCAUUUUGUAAUGAUAGUGGUCAAUGGAAUUGGGGAGUGUGUUUAUAUA